AUGGAAACUAUUCGCUUAAAGCAAAUUCCAAAAAGCCGAUCCAUGGUGGUGUCUCUGACGCCACCCCGAGAGCGCGAGACGUGGGCGAAGAAGGCGGAGUUCCUGCUGGCGGUGGUCGGCUUCGCGGUGGACCUGGGGAACGUCUGGCGGUUCCCUUACAUCUGCUACCAGAAUGGAGGCGGUGCAUUCCUGAUCCCGUACUGCGUAAUGCUGCUGUUCGGAGGUCUGCCGCUGUUCUUCAUGGAGCUGGCGCUGGGGCAGUACCACCGCUGCGGCUGUCUCACGCUAUGGAAAAGGAUCUGUCCAGCUCUCAAGGGUGUAGGCUACGCGAUAUGCAUGAUUGACAUCUACAUGGGAAUGUAUUACAACACCAUAAUCGGGUGGGCGGUGUACUACCUGGUGGCGUCGCUGGCCUCCAUCAACUCCGUGCUGCCCUGGACGAGCUGUGACAACGAGUGGAACACGCCCCUCUGUACGCCUGUGACGUCGCCGCAGAUCAACCCCAAUUCUAGUACUCCGGCUAAAGAAUUCUUUGAGCGAAAUGUUUUGGAGCAGCACAGGUCGAACGGUCUGGACGAUAUGGGCCCCAUCAAACCAUCUCUCGCACUGUGUGUCUUCGGGGUCUUUGUAUUGGUCUACUUCUCGCUGUGGAAGGGAGUUCGGAGCGCAGGCAAGGUUGUAUGGGUGACAGCACUUGCGCCGUAUGUGGUGCUGCUGAUUCUGCUAGCUCGUGGUGUUACGUUGCCGGGUGCCACAGAAGGAAUCCGCUACUACCUCACUCCGGAAUGGCAUAAACUACAGAAUUCUAAGGUGUGGAUAGACGCAGCCUCCCAGAUCUUCUUCUCGCUGGGUCCGGGAUUCGGCACGUUGCUGGCGCUCUCCAGCUACAACAAGUUCAACAACAACUGCUAUCGCGACGCGCUCAUCACCUCCUCCAUCAACUGCCUCACCAGCUUCCUCGCGGGCUUCGUCAUCUUCUCUGUUUUAGGCUACAUGGCACACGUUCAGAACAAAAGCAUAGAGGAGGUGGGCCUGGAGGGGCCGGGACUGGUGUUCAUCGUGUACCCGGAAGCCAUCGCCACCAUGACCGGCUCCGUCUUCUGGGCUAUAAUCUUCUUCCUUAUGCUUAUCACCCUCGGUCUGGACAGCACGUUUGGAGGUCUGGAGGCAGUGACGACAGCGCUGUGUGACGAGUACCCGCGGGCUCUGGGCCGGCACCGCGAGCUGUUUGUGGCGGGACUCCUGCUCUUCAUAUACAUAUGCGCGCUACCCACUACGACUUAUGGCGGUGUAUACCUCGUGGACUUGCUAAACGUAUACGGGCCGGGGCUGGCCAUCCUGUUCGUGGUGUUCGCGGAGGCGGCCGGGGUGUGCUGGGUGUACGGGGUGAACCGCUUCUCUGAGGAUGUGCGGACAAUGCUGGGCCACAAGCCCGGCUGGUUCUGGCGAGCUUGCUGGUCUUAUAUCAGCCCCGUGUUCCUGCUGGUGCUGUUCGUGUUCUCGGUGCUGGCGCACGAGGAGAUGCUGGGCGGCGAGUACCGCUACCCGCGCUGGUCCAUCGCCGUCGGCUGGGUCAUGACCGGCACCACCGUCUCCUGCAUCCCGCUGUACAUCCUGUACAAGCUGAUCAUCACGCCCGGCAGCUGUGCGACGCGAAUAAGGACCAUAAAGCGUCCAGUGGAGACGUCCAUACCGCCCACGGAGCACGCGCUAUGUGCCCUGUGACCGCCCGCGCCCCGCG